AUGGGCCCUUCGGGGGCCUCGGACAUUCCAGAGAGGGAGGAAUGGAUUGGGGGAGGGGGGGAGCUGGCAGCCGAAGCCGGCCUGCCCACCCCCACCCCCACCCCCACCUCCGGCUUCCUCAGGGGCAGACAGACGCGCCCGAGGUGGCCCGGCCCAGUCCCCGGAGAGGGAAGCGUCCCAGCUCCCAGCCGGUCUCCAGGGGCACGGACCCUGCUCAGCCCCACUCCAUUGGCCAGGCCAGGUCCGGUCCGACGGCCGCAGCCUCAGGCGGGGACGGAGAAGAGGAGGGAGCGGGGCCUCGCCGGGCCUCACCAAGAGGGAGGAGGGAGAGGGAGGAGGGAAGCGGCGCUACUACCGCCGCCGCCGCCGGGCCCAGCUCGGCGCAACUCGGUCCGACCCGGCCCAGAGGGGGUCGCCUCACCUCAGCGCGGCCGCGGCCCCCGGCAAGUGUCCCGGAUCGAGGCGGAAGGUGCCCGGAUGGUCUGUGGCUACGGAGGCGCUUCCCUUUGUCUCGGGACUUUCCCUCCGGAGCCCGCUCCGCGCGCAGCCGGACCCAGGACGGCAGGACCCCGGCGCGGCGCGGCGCGGGGCGGGGCGGGGGGAGGGGGGAGGGAGCCGCGGGCUGCCCCGCCGCCCGCCUGCGCCCGCGCGCCGCCGCCGCCACCACCCCCGCCGCUCCCGCGGCUCCCCUUCCCCCUCCCCUUCUCGUCCGUGCCUUCGUAG